CCUUUCCCGUUUGUUUCUGUUCUGGCCCUUCACCACUAACAACGAAGGGCAUCGCCACGUGCCCUUCAUGCCGCCCGUUCGCUUUACUCCUCCCUCGAACAUUUCACGGGCUCCAGCGUCGCGCGUCGCGCGUUGCGCGGCGUCAUGGCGACGAUGGAAGUCUUCUUGCCCUUCUUCACUCACUGCUCGUCCUCCUAGCCGCAGGUGCUAUGCACGGUAGGCCUGUCCCCCUGCAGCCCCUUGCGCCCCCUGCGGCAUCCUGCAGCAUGGCCUCGCAGUGCCCCUUUCCUUGCUCCACAUGGCUCGACCGCUUUCAUCCGCACGCUCCAUCAGGUAGUGCGUUAGAACUGCACGAUAGUGCGCUGGUCGCAACGGAUCCCGAACGUCUCGACUGCCAUUUCGAAUCUGAACAAAAACUGCGGAUCGCGUCUCUCCGUCUCUCCGAUUCCAUUGUCAGCGUUAACUCUCUCCCCGAGCCAUGCCUGGGCCUCGAUCCGAGCGCGAGGCACGCCGAGGCUCGGCGGAGGCUCCGGAUGCCCUGGAGCGGAUCGCGAGCGAGGCUCGGGAGUACCGCGUUCCCGUGCCUGACAACGUGCCUGUGCCUCUGGUUCGGCGUGUCCGGAGCCUGGAGGUUAAACAGUUCCUAUGCGGAGUGCUGGCAGGGGGGGUGGUGGGGGCAUGCACGGGCCCCUUGAAGAACCUUCAAACGAGGGUGAUUGCACAGAAGGGGGGGCGAACAGCAGCUGAGGUGGCAUCCACGGCUGUGCGCAACCGGGCUUUAAGGGACAGCAUUCUGUCUGCUGGCCUCAAGAUGCCCAUCAUCAUGACAGCUCUGAACAGAGGCAUUCAGUUUUACACGUUUGAAACCACCAAGGCCUGGCUGUCACGAGCCAAUCAGAACCAUCCUCGAACUUUUCGGCUGCCCGAGUCUGUACCUCCCAGCUCAGUGGCAGGCGGGGCAGCCGGGCUGGCUGCCACUCUGCUAAUGUACCCCUUCUCUGCUGUUAGCGACCACAUGAGCUUACAGCCAGGGAAGUACGCGGGUCUGCGCCAUGCCUUGGUGGGCGUCACACAGCAGUAUGGGGCCUCGCAGCUCUUCAGGGGAGUCGUCCCCAAGUUGGCGUCCAUGGUGCCCGCGUCUGCCAUCAACUUCCUCGUCUUCGACUCCCUCAAGGAAGAGAUCAAGAGGCGGAGAAACGGCAAGGACCCCUCAGCAGCCCACACGCUCGUUGCAGGAGCCCUCGCUGGUGCAACCUCCACUAUAAUCACACACCCCUUCGAGCUCUGCCGCCGCGAAAUCAACAUGAGCUUGCUGCCAAAGCAUGCCACCCCUACGGGCGGGCACUUGGAAUACAACUCCCUGCCGCAGGCAAUGAGGGGGAUAUGGCGGAAGGAGGGGGUGAAGGGGCUGUAUAGGGGGGUGCUGCCGAGCCUCAUUGAGCUGGUUCCCGCAACAGCGAUUGGGUUUCUGGCGUAUGAGAUGGGGAAGAGAGUGAUGGUGGCCGAGGGGCAGGAGGGGAGGGAUGAGGUGAAGGGGUGAGAGGUGCGGAGGGGUGAGGGGGUUGUACAGAGGGGUGCUGCUGAGUUUGAUUGGGCUGGUUCCGGCCAUGGCAAUUGGGAUUGUGGUGAGUAUAUGCCUUUUGUCCUUAGAGGGGGAUGAAGCUGGUUACCAUGAUAAACUUCUGAUGUGUCUUUGGAAGCGUGGCAUUUCAUUAACCCCCCAACUCAUGGCUGACAUGCUCUCACCUCCCUGGGGGUCUAAAAAAAUAAAAUGGGUGCUAGCUAGGUUGAAUUGACUACAUGCUUCUUCAUUCAAUAUGUUGACAACAUAUGUUUGUACUGUAUGUGCUUACAUUGGAUAC